GAAGUUGAGAUGGAGAGUAAGGGGAGUAGUAUACUAAUGGAAAGGUAUGAGUUAGGGAGAUUGUUAGGACAAGGUACUUUUGCUAAGGUCCAUCAUGCGAGAGAUGUCAAGACUAGCAUGAAUGUGGCUAUUAAGAUCAUCGAUAAGGAGAAGAUUGUAAAAGUUGGGAUGAUUGAUCAAAUCAAAUGCGAGAUUUCAGCGAUGAAAUUGGUUAGGCAUUCUAAUAUUGUGCAGCUCUAUGAGGUGAUGGCCAGCAAAAAGAAGAUUUAUUGUGUAAUGGAAUGAGGCGAGUUGUAUAACAAAGUGUCUAAAGGGAAGUUAAAGGAAGAUGUUGCAAGGAAGUUAUUUCAGCAAUUGAUUAAUGCUAUUGAUUUCUGUCAUAGUAGAGGUGUUUAUCACCGAGACCUAAAACCGGAGAAUCUAUUGCUUGAUGAAAAUGGGAAUCUAAAGAUUUCAGAUUUUGGAUUGAGUGCUCUUGCAGAAUCUAAAUGCCAAGACGGUUUACUUCAUACUAAAUGUGGGACACCAGCUUAUGUUGCACCAGAAGUGAUAAACAGGAGAGGCUAUGACGGUGCUAAAGCUGAUAUUUGGUCAUGUGGGGUGAUAUUAUAUGUCCUUUUGGCUGGAUAUCUUCCUUUCCAGGAUUCAAAUUUAAUGGAGAUGUACAGAAAGAUCGGUAAGGCUGAGUUCAAAUGCCCUAACUGGUUCCCUCCUGAUGCUCGCAGGCUGAUAUCGAAAAUAUUAAAUCCAAAUCCUAGCACAAGAAUGUCCAUUUCUAAGAUAAUGGAGAAUUCUUGGUUCAAGAAAGGGUUGCAGCUGAAACCUAUAAAUGCUGAUACUGAAUUGAAGCCUGAAGAGGCAGCGAUUGAUGACGCAGGUUUUGGUAUCGGUGAGAGUACCGACUCAAUAACAGAAACAGAGCCAGAACUGGUCAAGCCUGCACACUUGAAUGCUUUUGAUAUAAUAUCUUUCUCAACAGGUGUUGACUUGUCUGGCUUGUUUGAAGAAAGAGAUAGAAAGAGGGAAGUUAUAUUUACAUCAAAGCAACCGGCGAAAACAAUCAUCUCAAAGCUAGAGGAUGUAGCUAGGCGUUUGAAGUUGAAGGUGAUGAAAAAGGAUGGAGGACUAUUGAAGUUGGAAGGAUCUAAAGAAGGAAGAAAAGGGGUGUUGUCUAUUGAUGCAGAAAUCUUUGAGGUAACUCCAAAUUUUCACUUUGUUGAGAUGAAGAAAUCGAAUGGAGAUACGAUAGAGUACAAGAAGACAAUGAUAAAGGAUGUAAGACCAGCAUUGGAAGACAUUGUAUGGACUUGGCAAGGUGACGAGCCGCGGCCUCAGCAGCUAGCAGAGGAAGAAAUUUUUCAGACUUAUCAGGGGUACUCAUUUGACACUAAUUCACCUCAGAAGAAUGCAUAA